GUAACACUGGCUAUGGUAGUAUCCAGUGAUGAUAGUAGCGCGAUGUCUAAUUUGUCAGUGGGAUUUGAUAAUCCGUAGUGUUUAUAUUGACAUUGUUUGUUGUGAUAGGUGGUGGGUAGAAUUAUCUGUAAAGUUACAAUGAGCAGAUAUUCAAGUGACUCAAACUCUAGUCGAGGAGAAGAUCAUUAUCGGAAGAAAAAAAAGUCAAAUAGAAGUGGAGGAAGGUCAAGAAGCUGUUCAUACUCCAGCAGUGACAGUAGUUAUUCUAAACGGCACUCACGAAAGCACAAGAAGGGAAAACAUCACCACUCUCAUAGUAGGGAUCAUUAUGGCAAAAGAAUGCUCAAUGACCAGUCACACUCAAAAAAUAGGACCCAUAGCAGGCGAUCCAGAGAGAGAUCAAGGUCACUAUCAAGAGAGAGAUCACAUGACCGUAUAAUAUCCAGAUCUAAAAAGAAGGUUAAAAGGCAUUCUAGGUCCCGAUCUCCAUCAAAGUCCAGACACAGAUAUAGAUCUUACUCGAGAUCACUAUCGAAAGACAAAUCGAGAUCACGUUCACGUUCCGUACAGAGAUCUCUGUCACAGAGUUCGAGAGACUCCCAGCUGUAUACUAAAAUGAAGACAGAGAAACAAGAUCAAAAAGAAAUCAGUGAAGUUAAUGAAGGACAGAAAGAAAAUGGAAAAAGUUUGAAAGAGCAAAUUACAGAAAGUGCAGAAAAGAUUCUCGGGAUUACUGUUACAGGAAUCACUUCUCUGGGACCAUCACAAAGUGUUUUGGACAAAUUGAAUAGUCCUGGAUUUGAGCAGAGAUCAUUUGUAUCAACAAAAUCUGCUGGGAGAAUAGCGGAUAAAGCACUGGAAGUUGAAGUAGAAGCACCUGCUCCACCACUGUUAACAAAUGAUGAUGAUCCAAAAAGUAUAUUUCACUCAAGAGUCAGUAUCCUCACUGAAUGACUUCAGGGAAUCCGGAGAGACUUAACAAAAUAUCCACUUUAUGUAAUUGAAGGCAACCCCCUCUAUAUGUGGAUAAGUUCAAAGUAAUGCCUGUAACAGAGAGAGAGAACCUCAUAGUAUAUAGUAUCAGACUGCAAGAUCGGUGGUUGACAUUGUGACCAUGUCACACUAUACUAUUAUUUUGGAGUAAUACUGAGGAGCAGUAUGUGUGUGGUGCUCUCACAAAGACAGAUUUGUUGGAACUGUUCCGUGAAGGAAGUUAAAAACAAGAUGUUAGUAUAACAAAGUCUAGAUCGAUUAAGCAUGACAGUAGACAUAAGAUGGAUACAGAGACAUGUUACUAGGAUCAUAACAGGUCAGAAUAGCCCAUUGCAUUAGUUUAAAAGAAAUUCUCAAGAAACUUAAAACUGAAUAUCUGGAGGGAAGAUAACAGUUCUCACAAAACCUUGUUGGGUAAAUUCAGAGAAACAAGACUGCAUAGCGGUAAUAAAACACCCUGAGGAAGGCCAUUUGCAACAGUGGCAGAAGCAUCUGAGAAUUUUAUAUAUUGUGUUUACAUACCCUGAAAAAUUAUAUUGACAGUGACAACGGCCGCGAAUGGAAUAGGACAAAAAUAGGCAAUACUGUUACAAAGUACCAUAGACCUGUAUUACACAGCAAAACUCCUUUGCUUACCAUGUCAUACUGUUCAACCAUUCCAUAUCACAUAGGCUUCUGUCAGAGAGAAAAUUAAGUACAAGAUUGGAAUAGGAUCUCUAAACAGUCACUUAUGUUUGGAGAAUAUCUUUAACCCUUAAAUCUGUAAAAUCUGCAGUGCAAAUUACAUUUGUUGGAGCAGUUGAUGCUGAAAAAUUGACAAUUGUCUAAAUAUCCAUUUAAAAAAAAACCUUUUGGUUUUAUUGAAGUGCCUG